AGAGACAGCGGAGGGCGGUCCUCCCCGGCGGGCCGGGAGUCGGGGCGGCGCGUUUCCAGAAAACGGAGAGGUGCGCCGCUGCUGCUCACCGCGUACGCUCGCUUCCCCUUCGCCGAGCUGCGCAUGGAGACCCUGCCGCGGAAUGUGGAGCUCUUCUACGAUGUGCUGUCCCCCUACGCCUGGCUGGGCUUCGAGGUCCUGUGCCGAUAUAAGAACAUCUGGAACAUCAACCUGCAGUUGCGCCCAAGCUUCCUCGCAGGGGUCAUGAAAGACAGUGAAAACAAGCCUCCAGCUCUGCUUCCCCGCAAAGCCAUGUACUUGCAAAGUGACAUCAGGCUCCUGGGACAGCAUUUCCAGGUUCCCUUCCAGUUCCCCAAAGAUUUCUUCUCUGUGAUCCUUGAAAAAGGAAGUUUGUCAGCCAUGCGAUUCCUCACUGCCGUCAACUUGGAGCACCCAGAGAUGCUGGAGAAAGUGUCCAGGGAACUAUGGAUGCGUGUCUGGUCACGGGAUGAAGACAUCACAGAGCCCCAGAGCAUCCUGGCCGCUGCAGAGAAGGCUGGCAUACCUACAGAACAAGCCCAGGGGCUUCUGGAAAAGAUCUCAACACCAAAGGUGAAGAGCCAGCUCAGGGAGACCACUGAGGCAGUCUGCAAGUAUGGGGCCUUUGGGCUGCCCAUCACUGUGGCCCACCUGGAUGGCCAAACCCACAUGCUGUUUGGCUCUGACCGGAUGGAAUUGCUGGCACACCUGCUAGGAGAGAAGUGGAUGGGCCCUGUGCCUCCAGCUGUAAAUGCCAGACUUUAAGGAUGCCCAGAGGAAGCACAACCAUUGGUAUAAAAACAGACCAUUUGCUUACUCCUCCUCCACUGUAGGGCACUGGGACUCUGGUUCGCCCACGUGACAGAUGUUCCUCUGUGAUCCUGGGGAUGGCAGGAGGGGCCUGUGUGGUGCACCAUCUACCAUUAGUCUCAUGGAUGCUUACUUCUGUGCCUCACAGGUGCCCUUCUAGAGCCCCAAAUUCUGCUUUCCCACAAAAUAAACCUGAUGCCAUUAGGCGUA